AUGGCCACCGCCCCCAAGGACCAGCAGGCCUCUGCCGACAUCAAGUCUCGUGUCAAGGAGUCCUACGACGCCAUCGCCACCGAAUACAAUGAGUGGACUCUCCGCCAGACGUCUCUCCGCAUCGAGUAUCUCGAGAAGCUCAUGGAGAAGCUCCUCACCGCCAAGCCACUGUCGGGCCAAAUGUCCCUCGUCCUCGAGCUGGGCUGCGGCUGCGGCCUUCCCGUCACCGAGAGGCUCCUCACGGCCCCGGAGACCUACGUCACAGCCAACGACCUGUCCACCACCCAGAUCGAGGUCGCCAAGGAGAACCUCGCCAAGCACGGCACCGACCGCGUCUCCUUUGUCGAGGGCGACAUGAUGAAGCUCGAGUUCUCCGAGGGCUCCUUCGAUGCCAUCAUCGGCAUGUACAGCAUCAUCCACCUGCCCCGCGAGGAGCAGAGCGAGAUGAUCCGUCGCGUCGCAAAGUGGCUGAAGCCCGGCGGCUUUUUGCUCGCCAACUUUGCGUCCAAGGACUUGCCCGCCGUCGUUAAUGAGGAAUGGCUUCAUGAGAAGGGAUGGAUGUACUGGAGCGGCUGGGGAGCCGACGCUACUGUGGAACAGAUCAAGGAGGCCGGGCUGGAAGUCAUCGUGAAGGAUAUCGUCGAUGACAAGGACGACGCUGAGUUCCUAUGGGUCAUGGCGAAGAAAUAA